AUGGAGCGUUUUGUUAGGGAUGGGGAAAAUGGGAGCCCGAGCGACAGGCGGCCCCCGAAUCCACUCGCUGGGGGGUAUCGGCCGUUCUUCAGCGCAUCUCCGCGUGUGGUCUCAUCGUGCAAAUCUCUCGCUCGUCAUCCUUCUCUCGUAAGAUCCAUUUGCUCUCUGUUUAUCGCGCGUCACUGGAAACUUCUGUCUACGUCCAUUUUUUGGUUACCAUAUAUGCUUUGAUAGGGAAAAUUAUAAAAUGCAUAAUGCUUUUCUUUCUCUGCAUACUGAUGUGUAUUUCAUCUAAUUUUUAGUUUUUCAGGUGUCUCCUGGCGUUGUAACAACAGUAGAUUAAUAGAUAGGGAGGUUGACCUUUUUUGUUAAGUUUGACGGCUGACCAUGAUGCGUUGAUAAUUGGUUUCUCACCACUUUGAGUGCAGUCUCUACCUAGUGUCCGGAUAGUUAUAUCUGGUUUAGAAAUAUUACAUUGAUCUAAUUGAACGACCAGUUUUCCUCAUAUUCAUAGCCUGCAAUAACAAUAUUUUGAGUGAGUAUUUCACUUCAAAUUUUCUUCCCUCCUCUCAGAAAAUCUGAUUGGGUUGUAAAUGAGGUUGACUAUGAACUUAUUUAUGUUGGGCCAUGACUGCAGACUUAAGGAAUAAUUUAUUUGAUGAGUUAGGUUCAGUGGUUAAUGCAAGGAGUGGUGAUGUGAUAAUUCACUUCAGCCCACCCUUCUUCACAUAGUGUGGAUGAGAUAAGAAUCGGAAUUCCUUUAAGAGUACAAUGCCCACUUAACAAAACAAGGUUCCUUGAUAUGAAAGUUAUGUCCGGAUGAUUUUAAGCGUCUAUUUCGGUAGUUGCCUCUGUCUUGAUUUUGUAUCAUUUAAUAAUAUAAGCCAUCUGGGUACGUAGAUUUGGUUACUCAAUUGCUAUCGAAGCAAUAUCAAUCUUCCAUCUUGUUCUCUAACUUAAAUGGCACCUUCAUACUGGAGAGUCUUAAUUAUUCUCUUAGAAGGGAAGGGAAUUGGACUGAUGAAUCCAUGCACUCAAACCGGAGUGAAUCUGACGGGUGAUCUUUGCUUUUCAAACUAAAAUAAUUAUCUUAUUCUGGAUUAUUUUACAUCCCUUUCCUAUUCAGCUUUGCUUCCUGCCUUUUAAGAGAAUAGGUCCUAUUCAAGCGGCCUGCCUUUCUUCAUGUACAUCAGCAGUCUCUCGUUUAGUCAUUAACAGGAACAAAUAUUAGACAAUAACUUCUGUAGGAGAUUCCAUAUUGAUGUUUCGCUCCUAUUAUUUUGUGCUGUACAGUUAUUCCCUGGUGGAGCCCAUUCACACAGCAACAUUUGACCAACGAAAUUUAUGUGGCCGGUAAUUAAUGCUUAUUUAAUGCAUCAAGGGCCCUAGUGUUUGCUUAACCAGUUUCAAAACAUCUCUCUUAGAAUAAAGGUUUGUGUUUGGUCCGGUCUAGGGUUGCCGUGAUUCUCUAUGAUAAGCCAUGAGACCAAGAAAAGUUCAGUCCGAAAAGUGGGCUUUAAAAAUGUUGUCUGUUCAGGGUUAUCGUUAUUUCAUUCUACAAUAUGUAUAAUAGAUUCCGGGGAUAGACAUCUUUAUGCCGUGUGAUUUUUUCAGAAUGAGGCUUUAUUGUCAACAUCCUCUCCUGACUUGCAUAUCAAUCAUUGAAGAGUACGUCCCAAUGUGGUAUGGUAUUUGGGGGAUAAAUGAGAUGCAUCUUAAUAAUGAAACCAUUCCUUAUAUUGAAUGUCAUCUUGUUUAAUGCAAAUAAUAAACCUUGACCUUAAGUUCAAGCAGUUUGAUAUUUAAUAUCGCUCAAGUGGGAUCAAGACCUUUUUUUGGCGUUCCUUCGAUUUUAUUGGUUUAUUUCUCUUUUUUAACUUAUUGGACUUCUGCAAGAACAAUAAUGGCAUUUUAUGCUUUUAGAUGAUUUCUCAGUUUAUUUUUUAUUUUUUUGUGGUGCUCUGUUUAUUCUUUCAUUGACUUGGGCACUGCAUUCAAUUUGAGGUAUGCAUGUACCGCUAGAUACAUUCACGCUGCUAUUUUAAUUUAGUUCUUAAUUGAUAACUAGGUAUAUGACUGAUUUUCUGCCUGUUCAAGGAUUUUCUCUUAUCCACGGAGUGAAGCUGGAAUUCAAAUAUGUCGUUAAUCAUUAUAUCAUUUCCAUCUGUCAUUACCCAGAUCCUUGAAAAUAGUCCCAAAUGAUAACAACCAAUUGAUUUGCGUUGAUUUUUAUAGCGUGUGAAUUUGUUAUGACAACCAACGUUUUUAAUGUGAACAAUAUGUGAUAACAAAGGUACAUCUGACAAGAGGGCACAAACUCAUCGUUCCUUUCAACUUUUCUUUUCACAUUGUUGGGUCUUAUUAACAUAUGCAGUUUUGGUUCUUGCUUCUUGUUUGUCUCAGCAACUCAUUGAAUUACAGAGACUUCUUCCUACUAUGCUAGUUGCCUCAUGAAUUUUGUCUCUAUUUCUUUAUUUUUCACUGAUAAUUGUUCUUGUGGUUACUGUAUGCAUGCCAUUAUCCCUUUGCUUUGGUGGAGGAUCAAGUUUAAGAGGUACUGAGUUUAGCCUUUACAGGUGACGGUUGACGCCUCUGAAGUGGAGACUGUCAGUGAGGGCUUUGAGGCUGAGUUUGUUCCAGUGGUACGAUCUGGGGCUUGGGCUGACAUAGGAUUCCGGUCGAGCAUGGAGGAUGUUUUCGUCUGUUUUGACAAUUUCGAACACAGUUGCGGACUUCGGGACUUUGGAGUGGGGCCUAGUGCCUUCUAUGGGGUAUUUUCCUUAACCAAGUAACUGUUUUUCUUCAUUCAUUUCUGUGGUCGUUGGUGCUCGUGAUAUCAGGUUUUCGAGUAUGAAAAAAACUCCAGCUCAAAUCAAAACUGCUGUCGUCGCUGUGGUGAUUUUAAUCUGAUGAACAGAUUACUUAGAGAAAAAUUGUUUCUUUCAACUCUGCCCAGGUUUUCGAUGGGCAUGGAGGGAAGCAUGCCGCUGACUUUGCCUGCGAUAACUUGCCCCGAUUCAUUCUAGAGAACAAAGACUUUCCGGGGGAGAUCGAGAGGGUCGUCUCCUCAGCAUUUUUGCACACAGACUCCGCCUUCGCCGAAGCUUGUUCCAUCAAUUCUUCUCUCGCCUCCGGCACGACGGCACUAGCUGCCCUCGUCGUGGGAAGGUCAGUCUCCUUUCCAUAUCGGGAAAGAACUCCUUGUCUUCUUCCUAGUACCCUGAUUUCUUGGGAGUUUACUCUAAUGGAGGAAAGCUGCCGCAGGUGUCUUGUGGUGGCGAACGCCGGCGAUUGCAGGGCAGUUCUGUGCCGCAGGGGGAAGGCCAUCGAGCUGUCCCGGGAUCACAAGCCCGGGUGCAACAGGGAGAAGAAGCGGAUCGAAGAAUCGGGCGGGUACGUCGACGACGGCUACCUCAAUGGGCAGCUUAACGUCUCCCGGGCGCUCGGUGACUGGCAUAUGGAAGGGAUGAAGGACGGGUAUGGCGCUGGGCCGCUCAGUGCCGAGCCGGAGGUGAUGAGGACGAGGCUAACCCAGGAGGACGAGUUUCUCAUCAUGGGCUGUGACGGGAUCUGGGACGUGUUCCUCAGCCAGAACGCGGUUGACUUCGCCCGGCGGAAGCUGCAGGAGCACAACGAUCCGUUGACCUGCUGCAAGGAGCUGGUGGACGAGGCCUUGAAGAGGAGGAGCUGCGACAACCUGGCGGUGGUGGUCGUCUGCUUCCAGGCGAGGCCGCCGCCCAAUCUGGUGGCCCCGAGGGGGCCCGUGAGGAGGAGCAUAUCUACAGAGGGGCUGAGGGAAUUGCAGGGUUUCCUGGACGGCCUGUCGAAUUGA